AUGGCGCUUCUCACAACCUCAUACCCUUCCUCAGAACUGCCAAAAGCUUUAUACACCUACCCAGAGCUGGUCUUCUGUGCCGUCGGGCUCUUAAUCUUGGCAGCCCUGACAAUCAUGGGUAACAGCCUGGUGUUGGUUGCGGUGGCGCGAACCAAAAAACUCCAGAACAUUACCAACGUGUUUGUGGUCAACCUGAGCGUGGCUGACUGCCUGGCUGGUUUUGCUGUCCUGUGGAGCGUGCCGGGUCUGGUGAGUAAAACGUCGGACUACCCGCUGCAGUCCAACGACCCGUGUAUGGCAGCGGCUGGUCUUGUCUUUAUCGCCAAAGGCUGCAGCGUGUUCACCCUUGCAAAUAUCGCGUUGAACCGGUACAUAUUGAUCACCAGACCCAAGGCAAUCUACCAUUGGCUGUACACACCAAAGAAGGUUGCCCUAUUCGUCUUGAGCUCUUGGCUCGUUCCCGUGUGCUACAUUAUAUUGCCGCCAGCAUGCGGUAUCGGAGGCCUCGGUUUCAACCCGGAUACCCGCACAUGCGCCGACGUUGAAACUCACCUAAGAGCUGAAGAUUACGAAAAGAUUCAAAUUGCUUUUUUCUACCCGGUACCUCUCUUCAUGAUAAUUGUUUCGUACGGUCUUAUCUGGCGUCACGUCAGACGGCAUUUCAAGGUGCGCCGACAACCCGAUAUCUGCCUGCAGUCGGCUGCAGUGAAUCCUUCAGUCACCAUUGACCCGUCGUUCGCGUCAAGACUCGACAGUAAUGGUGACCACGAACUCAGUGCCUCUAGCAGCCCUGCUGUGUCUUCUCGACGCACCAAGAGCUCCUGCCAACAUAGCCGUACCGUGAACGACCAGCUGAAAAUCACCAAGAACCUCCUUGUCGUAGUGAUUGCCUUUGUGGGUUGCUUCACUCCCAUCACCAUCACAGCGAUUACCAACAGCCACCGUGUCCAUCUCUAUAGCACACUCGUUCUUUUCUUGCAUGGCUGCAUCAGUCCAGUCAUCUAUGCUGCGAAGCAUCCACACUUCCGGCCGGUGUUACGAUUCAUGAUCCGGUGCCGAUGUCCCAACAACAAAUCAGUCUUUCCCUGA